AUGACUGCGUCAUUAGUAAUAGUAAUUAUUCAAGGACUCUUUAAAGUUUAUAAUAGUUUAAGAAAAACUAACCUGGCACCAAGAGUUUUACAUGUGGUUGAUAAACUUAUAGCUAAUAUGAAUGAAAGAGACGGAUUUAAAAAUUUAGAAAAAAAAAAAACGGCAAACAUUAUUCGUAGCAAAUAUACCGAAGACGAACAACCGUCUAUAUGGGAUGACAUUGACAGUUGUGUAGACAAGUCAACACCUAUUGGAACUGCAACAUCAAGAGCUAUUGUGGAACUGCAACGUUACAUGGAAGAUUCGAUAAUUUCUAGACAUCAAGAUCAAUUAAAAUGGUGGAAAGACCACAGUUAUAACUACCCAAAUUUAAUUCUCAGUGAUCGACGCUGUAGGCUAAAAAGUGAGAAAUUGAACAUGCUACUAUUUCUUCACUACAAUUCAAGUUAA